AUGGCCCAUGGCCAACAGCAGUCUGCCUACACUAGCAUGCACUUACCUGGUCCACUUCCACGAGCCAGCUCAGGUGAAGGCAACCCAGGAUACAUGGUCGAGCAACAGAACAUGGCGGGGUCGUCGGGGUCGUAUGCGAUGCAGAGGCAGCAAGGAGGAUACCCAGGUGUACAGAAUGACCCGGGUUGGAUUGAACGAGUCUUGGAGGAGAUGAAGGAUAUGCUGGUUCUACUUAACGCUCAGGGCCGAAUCACCUAUGCCUCGCCAUCUGCGAAGCAAGUCACUGGCCGCGCGGCUAAACAACUUGAGGGUAACCACCUGAGUCAAUACAUCCAUGAGGACGACAAGCCUGUCUUCUUGCGAGACAUGGACGACGCCGUAGCACACAACCAGCCAUUCCGUACCCAUGUACGGUUCCAGAAGACCUCCAACAUCUACUGCCUGGUAGAGAUAUACGGACACCCACAUAUUGCCAGCCAUAAUGCAGCUCAGGGGAGACACUCUUCCACUGAGGAGCGCUGCACGGGCUUCUUUCUUAUGUGUCGGCCUAACCCCUCGAAGAACUCCCAACUUCUCGACUCAUUUCUGGAACACAAGAUCGAGAACGCGCGUCUAGUGCAGCAAAUUGCCAAAUUGAAGCAGGAGGAAGAGGAAGAGGCAAACUUCACCCGUUUGCCUUAUCCUAAGAUCGACGACAGCAAGUCGAUGAUGGAGAAUUCGGCCACCGCGCAAAUCAUCUUGAGUGACCAGGAUUCAAGCGAGACUGUCGCUCCGAACUCGAACUCGGAUGAUUCUGAUAACAACUCGGGCGACUUCUUCGCCGAUAAUCCUCCUCAAAUUGAACCAAUAUCGCAUAUUGACGGUAUCGAAGUUAUGACCGGUCUCUACUAUGGUGAUGGUGAACGAUCGCAGGGCCUGAGUACCGGUUUGAGUAAGGGCCGUCUAGUCCAUUGUGAUAUCGACAUUACCACCGCCGCAGAUCAAGCCCGUAAUGCCCAAGAGGGUGAUAGGCGCAAGAGACUCAAGGGUCAGCACACGUGCGGCGACUGCGGAACAGCCGAUUCCCCCGAGUGGCGGAAGGGUCCCAAUGGGCCCAAGACCUUGUGCAAUGCCUGUGGCUUACGCUGGUCCAAAAAGGAGAAGAAGCGACAGGAAUCUACAUAG